AUGUCAGAAGAAAAUAUUGAAUUGAGAUAUCUUAAAGAAGAAGAUGAGGAUAUAUCUGAUAAAAUAAUGCUUAUGGAAAUACCUGAAGAUAUCUAUGAGUUUUUGAUGGCGAAAAAAACGGGAUAUUUAACGCUUAAAUCAGGUUAUGAUCGCAAUAAUACUGUUCUCUGUACAUCCUCAAAGACAUAUCUUCUGCGUAAUGUUACUCAGACUAAUUCUUUGCUUCUUUUUCAGAAAGAAAAUGAUGGGUUUUCUCUAUUAAAAGAUGCAAAAUCUUAUCUGGAGAUUGUAUCGACACCUGUUCGCAUUAAUCUUAAUCAUUUAGCAUAUGUGUAUGAUGGAUAUAACUUAGAUGUCCCAGAUAGUACGCAACUUUAUACACAUUUUCAAGUCAAAAGAAGAAUCCCUGCUAGCGAUGAAGAAAUUGAGAAUGCAUUUGUUCAUUCUAUGUGUUUAUUUAUUAAUGGGUAUUUGAGGCAACUAAGUUUUGAUUAUGCAUUUCAUAUACUUCAAUUGAUUUUGGCAUAUGUGCAAGAAGAAGAUAUUCCUUUAGAUGCUUUAAAAUUUGAUUCGCUUAUGUUAAACAUUGGUUCAGAUGAACGAGAGGAUGUUGUGGAGUUAGUUUUGCGUCGAUUUUCUAAAAGCAAAACAGAACCAUAUGCCAUUGAUGGUCGUUCUAUUGCUCAAUGGAUUGGUAUUCAUUUGUUAUCUAGACAUAAAAGUGCUCCUAUUUCUUCUGAAAAAUUCAUUGAAAAGUGGAAAUCUACUAUUCCAGAACCUUUUGCUGUUCAUGUAGAGUUGUCAUUAUUAGAAGGUCAGUAUCUUGUAAUAGAACCAUCUACGAUUCAAUAUUUUCCUGAAGAUACAUUGCCUAUGGAUCCUGCUAUGCGAUUUCGAGAAUUAUUUCUGAUUCGGCCUAAAUGGAAUUUAUCUGACAUUCUACCUUACAUACGUGGGCUUGCAACAGAUGAAACAAAAGUAGAUGCACUACUUCGAAAAUUUACAAGAAAGCAGACUUUAAGUCAACAGACAAUUGUAACUACAAGAAACACAUGGAGAUAA